AUGUUGCUUAACACCACCUACCCAUCUAAGCUGAUCGCAGACCCUCGAGAGCAGAUUGAACAGCUCAAGCAAGACAAAGUCGAGCUGGAAGCCGAGAUCAACCGACCAAAGGACAACAAGCUUAAAGUCGAGGUCAAGGGCGUGAAGUACAGAAAUCUAUACCGCCAGACUGGCUCCAUUGAUGAGACUCACUCGCCACAGCCCGAAGCGCGUAACCCGAUUUCCGAGCAUCCGCCGUGGGAUCAAGAAGCCGAGUCUUACCGCUGGUCACCGGACCCGAUCACUUGCUUCUGUCCGGCUUGUGACAGUCUUCGCGGGGCUUACCAUACACUCUAUGUUCUUAUUCGUCUUGCCGAUGACCACUUCUAUCGUCACAACCCGGCAAGCAAGCUUCGCCUGCGAUUGGAGCGGCAGCUAUGGUUCCUUCGUAAAGCCUACAGUCUGGCACAAGCCGCUCUCUGGCACUCUUACCAAGAUCACCACCCAACUGGUCGGCGUGGUCCUUUCUUCGAAGGGCCUCAAGAAGUUCUCUUCGGCGUGGAGGAGCUUCGCAUUACCAUUCGCGACGAACAUACAUACAGCAGUGCAUCGCGACAGAUCUGCCUCAGCGGAGUCACGGGCUUGAGGAACGCCAUCUGUCAUCCUCAUUCUCUUGAAACGAUUCAUCUUGAUAGCUUGAUGGAGGCGGCUCAGCAACUUGCCGAGGAAGUGCUAGAUGAUACCCGCGCCCUUCGUGUACGACGCCUCCGGGAUGACCUGCAGAAGGAAAUGUAUCGCGAGUUCGAAAAGAUUGUCCAGUACGAGCCGCUCAGUCAUCUUCCUGGUGCGAGAAAGUGGGCGCUUCACCGCCAGCUUUACUUCAGCACUGUGUCAUCUGACCCUCUGAAGCAUUUCAACUGUUCGUGGGCCAAGCAGGUAAAGAGAGUCGCCAUUCCGCACGAUCCGGCCAUUAUCCGCGCAGCGAAUUCAUGGUCUUCACGGCUCAGUGGUGGUACUGGAUGGAGGAAUGAGGUGGAGGCAUAA